GUGAAAUUAGUGCUAACUGUGCGGCUCGUGGGACGCGCGUGCCAGCGCAACAAUGUUUGGCCAGGUGUAUCACCGGUCACUAACGGCUGCUCUUCGUUCGUUUUGCAGUACAUCGUCGGCCAAGCUCGGUAGUCGCUCGCGGAUCCCGGAACUAGUCGCAGUAGCAUCAGCUCGACCCAAGUUCGACUGCGAUCGUUCACGCCUUUUGCUCUCUCGCACGGCCCAAACGCUCAGUAGCUGUCGAUAUUUUUCGACGCCCAUCAGCAAAGAAAGCUUUGUGGACGAAUUUGACAUGGCUCCGAGAUUCGAGCGAGAAGACUACAAGAAGGAACCGUACCACGGUGUGAAGCGUACCGGAACGGAGUUCAAGCCCAGUUCCGGUGCGCGCAGUGGUGGUAGCGGUGGUGGUGGUGGGUUCGGUGCCCCCCGUAGUGGCGGCGGCUUCGGUGGCGGUGGUUCCGGCUAUGGCGGAGGCGGUGGCAGUCGCUUCGGCGGUGGCGCGGGCGGAGCACGCCGCGAUAAGUGGUCAGAUGCGGCGAUGCCGUUGCAGAAGAUCGACUGGAGCAAGAUAUCGUUGGCGCCGUUCAAGAAGGAUUUCUACCGCGAACAUUCGAUCGUUCGCAAUCGGUCCCCGAAAGACGUCGACCGUUACUUGGCCAAGCACGACAUUACGCUUGUUGGCCAGUGUCCGAAUCCGAUCACUGAGUUUGACGAGAUCGAUAUCCCGGACUACGUGAUGCGCGAGAUCGAGAAACAGGGCUACAAGAGCCCAACUCCGAUUCAAGCACAGGGUUGGCCGAUUGCGUUGAGCGGGCUAAAUAUGGUCGGCGUCGCCAAGACUGGCUCAGGCAAAACGCUCGGUUACAUGCUGCCAGCAAUCGUGCAUAUCAAUCACCAGAAACCGGACCCGACCGUCCGCGGGCCGCUAGUUCUCGUGCUGGCACCGACCCGCGAGCUAGCGCAGCAGAUUCAGCAGGUAGCGACGGAUUUCGGUUCGUCGUCCUACAUUCGUAACACCUGCCUGUUCGGUGGCUCGAGCAAAGGACCACAGGCAUCGGAUUUGCGUCGUGGCGUGGAGAUCGUCAUCGCGACACCUGGUCGAUUGAUUGAUUUUCUCGAAUCCGGUACCACUACCCUGCAGCGGGUAACGUACUUGGUGCUGGACGAAGCCGAUCGUAUGCUUGACAUGGGCUUCGAGCCGCAGAUCCGCAAGAUCCUCGAGCAAGUUCGCCCGGACAGACAGAUUCUCAUGUGGUCCGCCACUUGGCCCAAGGAGGUGCAGCGUCUGGCUCGCGAUUUCUUGGGCGAGUAUGUGCAGAUUAACGUCGGUUCACUGGAACUAUCGGCGAACCACAACAUCACGCAGCACGUCAGAGUGAUCGAAGAGCAGGACAAGAAUCAAGAACUCGGCAAGCUGCUAGAGGAACUGUACCGUGGUGGAAACCCCGGCAAAAUUCUCAUCUUCACUACGACUAAGCGCAAGUGCGAUCAGAUAAGUAUGCAAAUCCGUCGCUACGGUUACGAUUCGGUCGGAAUGCACGGUGACAAAUCACAGCAGGAGCGUGAACGUGCCCUGAAUCGCUUCCGUAACGCCCGCUCUUGCAUAUUGGUCGCAACCGACGUGGCUGCGCGUGGAUUAGAUGUGGACGGCAUAAAGGUGGUGAUCAACUACGAUUACCCUCAGCAGACGGAGGACUACGUGCAUCGUAUUGGCCGUACCGGGCGUUCGAAUGCCACCGGCGAAGCGUAUACUUUCUUCACGCACAACGAGCGCAAGAUGACGAAGGAACUGGUUUCGAUCCUAGAGGAAGCCCACCAGCUGGUACCGCCGGAGCUCAUGAAGUGGCGUCACAUUGGUGGUGGCGGCAACAGCCGGUAUCGCAGCUUCGGUACAUUCCGCGGUGGACGCGACUUUGGCGGUAUGUCGUCGGGAUCGCGUUUCGGUGGCGGUGGCGCCGGUGGUAGCCGCUUUGGCAGCGGUGGCGGUGACUAUCGUAAUGGCGGUACGUCGUCGUUUGGUGCAAAGCGACCGUACGAAAGUGCAAAUGGUGGACCAUCAGCCGUUGGCAGCCGGGGAGGCUAUGGUGGUGGCGCCGGUUAUUCCAGCAGUGCUACGAACGGCGCAGCAAGCUAUGGUGGUGCUCCGAGUAGUAGCUCCAACGGGUACGACUCGCGUGCUUCCAAACAUACCCGAUUCGAUAAUUAGACCCGGAACACAGAGCAUGUAGAUGCGGCAAGAGAUAAGAGAUAUACGGUACGCGCGCAGGUUUUUACAAGUACGUAACGAACACGCACGCAAAGACAGAAACGAGACGAUGAUCUGUUUACGUACAAUGCAUUGAUUUGCCACUUAUUAUUCCUAAAAGAUAGCGUUUUAAGAGCCAAACCACACAUUAUCUUAUGUUCCGUUAUUUACAAUUCCCCUGCUUUUUCGUUCCUCCCUUAUCAUCGUCCUUGCGAUUCAAGGUUUUUAUUUUGAAUAGCCUCACCCUACUGUACACAUCCCAUUUUCGUCUUUGCUCUACUUAGUUGUAAGUACUGUUUUUACCUGCGUUUCGUAUUAUGAUCUUCGUAUCCGCUCACGUGGACACAUCCCAAUGCUGUCUGACCGUUAGUUUCAGUAGUAAUUUUAUUAGAUUGGUUUUCAGUUCCAAUUGUCAGCAUUAUAGGAAUCUAGUUUUGGACUUAACAGCGGAAGUUCCGAUUCGUUGUCGUGACAGACCACUGUUGAAGCCAAAACGCGGCGGUUCGAGUAGCGGUCGCGAGAACGUUGCGCCCGUUUGAUACGCAAGUGAGUUUCCCAUCAAUCAUUUACUGCUGGCGUCCUGUAGCAAGCAAGAGCAUCCCCACAGACAGCGUCGUCGAACACUGGUUAAUGCUCUCGGUCGUUUCUCGUCGUAUCUUCAUAGAAAUGCUAUCAGGGAUUUCAUGUGUGGCACUAUCAUCUGUCCUUUUUCUCUCAGGCAUAACAAAAACAAUUGAGUAACAAAGUAUAGACCAUCAUAUUUAGGGCGAGCGCGUUUUCGGGUACAUUAUAAACUUUAUACCACAAAAUCACCUCUCGCGGGCGCACGCCGCCAGGCCAGCAGCCAGCGGAAGCGAAGCAUAUACAUUUAACAUCUUACAAAUGUCAGCGUUCUAUUUUUUA